AUGAGGUGCGUUUCUAAACCAUGGAAUGCCUUUUUAUCUCAACCUUGCUUCAUAAAAUCGCAUCUUGAAAAUUCACUACACAACAACGAUGAAAUUCUCUUGGUCUUUAACGAACAGUUUCAUUGGAAGAGUGAACCAUGCAUAGCACACCGCACUAGAUCUCCCGUUAUCAAACUUUUUGAUCUCAUUAAGUUACCUGUUGAUUUCCCAGAUCCUGAUAAGCGUGAAGAGGGCACUGUUAUUGGUUCAGUUAAUGGCUUAGUAUGUUUUUCUUGUAGAGAAUAUAAUACUCAUGUCAUUCACAUUUGGAACCCUUCUCUAUCCGCUUUGAUGACUCUCCCUCCAUUUGCUUAUCCCUGCCCUGGUUAUAAACACUUUUUCGGGUUUGGGUUUGAUCCCAAAACUGAUGAUUACAAAGUUGUUAAACUUGUGAAAAAUGAGACACUGAGAGCUGAUCCACUCUUUCGAGAAUGGCUGCAAGUUGAGGUGUACAAUGGUCAUGAUGGACAUUUCCAUUGGCUUUGUGCUUAUGUUUCUGAAGGGAUUAAGCUCCUGAAGAUAGUAGCAUUUGAUUUGGGUGAGGAGACGUCAGUGAGAUCUCUCUUCCAGAUUCCAUUACCAAAUUUGAAACAAGUCGGGUCAUUAAUAUGUACAUUUUCUCUGGAAGGCUUUGUGUGGUGUCACGCACCAGAGGUGGUGUAUUUCAAGUAUGGGUGA